UAUGGGAAUUUGUGCAAGUACUAAAUCCAUUCAAGUUCCUGCUCAUGAACAUGCACCUGAAACAGAAUAUAAACCAUUUGUUUUCGACACAACUAUCGUUCCUGAAUAGCAACCUUAAGUUAUUUAAAAUAAAACACACACUGUUGCUGAUCGAAUCAUUCCUUAGCAUAAUAAUGCUAUUUAAACCUCGACAGAAUAUGAUUUAGCUCUACAAGAAAUGUAUUAUUUUUAGAGAAUAUUUAGGCAUAACAAAUAAUAAACAAUAUUUGAAGAUUCAAAAUUUCCACCUGCUCGAAGUAGUCUUUCAUCAGAUCCCAAUUUUAAGAAAGGAAAAGACAUUUCUUGGAAAAGACCAGACCAAUUUUUAUAGGCUGGUUCAAUUAAAUUAUUUGAUGUAAUUAUCUAUAUUGAAUCAAUAGGCCAUUGAUCCUAUGGACAUUAAACAAGGUGAACUUGGAGAUUGUUAUUUUUUAAGUUCCUUAUCUGCUUUAGCUGAAAUUCCCUAAUAAAUCUAGAAACUAUUCAGACAAUAAGAAUAUCAAUAAAAUGGUAAGAGUAAUGUCUAAACAUAAAGGUCUUUAUGGAAUUUACUUAUGUAAGAAUGGAAUCCUAUAGGAAAUCAUUGUAGAUGAUUUUAUACCAUGCAAUCUAUAAGGAGGUCCAAUCUUCUCAAGAGCAAAUGGAAAUGAAUUAUGGGUGUUACUUUUAGAAAAAGCUUAUGCAAAAAUAUUUGGAUCUUAUCAUAAAAUAGAAUCAGGUCUAGCAAGUUGUGCAUUAAAAGACUUAACUGGAGCUCCAAGUGAAUAUUUUAUUAGAAAAGCGGAAACCUUAAAAGAUGCUGAUUUAUGUUGGGAAUUUAUGGAGAAAAAUGAUAAAUAAAAAUAUAUAUUGACAGCAUCAUCAGAGACAAAUGAUUAAGGUGUAGAAUUAGAUAAUGGAGGUGGAAUAGUAUCAUAGCAUUGUUAUGCAAUUUUGGAUGUUUAAAGAGUGACUGGAAGUGAUGGAUAACCAGAUAGAAUCAUUAAGAUAAGAAAUGUAUAAAAUUAAUUAUAUAUUAAAAUAGCCUUGGGGUAGAAAAGAAUGGACAAAAGAUUGGAGUGAUAAUUCUGCAAAAUGGACACCUGAAUUAAGAUAAAGAUUUUAAGUUUAAUAAAAAGAUGAUGGAAUAUUUUGGAUGAGUGUUAAAGAUUUUAUAACUGAAUUUAGUUAGGUUUGUGUAUGCAAAUUUAAACCAGAUUAUUUAUAUACAGCCACAACACUUUAAGUUGAUAAAUCAGAUACUGUUACAACAAAAGUGAUCUUAAUGAAGGUAUAUUAGAAAUCACAUGCAUUUAUUUCAUUGACUUAAUAAGAUAAAAGAUUUUUCUAAAAAGGUCAUUAAUAUUCCUUAGCCAGAUUAAUUAUUGGUGAAUUAGAUAAAAAUACUAAAGAAGUAUUACAUUAUUCAGGUUGUGCUUUUGAUAAUGAAAGAGAUAUUGUUGUUGAAAAAAUAUUUGAACCUGGAUAUUAUGCAUUAUAUAUUGAAGUAGAUUGGGCAUAAAAUUAUGAUCGAUAUUUAGCAAUUUCUUGUUAUGGAUCAAAUUCAGUUUAAUUUUCUGAAUUAUAAUUUUAAGCUGGUUAAGAAAAAUUAGCAAUCAAUACAAUUUUUGAUGGAUUCUUAAGAGCACAUGAAAGAGAUACAGAUGAAGAAAAAGUUAAGGAUAUUGAACCUGGAAUUAGAAGAAUUUCAGGUGUUGUUGCAGGAUAUCUUUAUUAUUGGUAUUAAAAUUAAACAACCAAAAAAACACUUCAAGAAGUUCUUCAUUUAGAUAAAAUAUAAAAUUUAGAAGUAUGCCCUCCUUUUUAAAAUACCGCAGAUGUUCAAGUCUAAUGUAAACCUCUUUCUACUGUCAUGGUUAAAUAUAGAGUUACUAAACAAGGUGGAGGUUCUUAUGGAUAUGCAUUAAAAUGUUAAACAUAAAUUAGUGAGGCUAAAUCUGAAUAGGAUAUCAUUCAACAAGCACUUCAAAAACCAGAUUAAAAAGUUUAAAGAAGCUUUUAAGGAUAAGUAUAAUAUUUUAAAUAAUAAAGAAUAUACAAGUUUUCUUUUAUCUUGUUAAAUUCCCUGCAGGAGUAGCUUUCUUUUAUGAAAAUAAAGAAUCCAGAACAUAUUAAGAAACAAUUACAUUUGAAGUUACAAAUCUGAAAGGAGUAGGCAUAGAUAUCUCCAGAGAUGUAGUCUUAGAUAUUCCACCUGGGUAAUCAAAACUGAUUUAAUUACAAUCCAUCGAUCCAACUAAAGGAUACUCAUAUAAAUAAUCGAUUAUGUUUAAGUUAAUGUGAG